UCGAGUCUCGAGCUGAGCACAUCGCACUCCUCCACGCUCGCCUACGCCUUUCUUCUUCCUCCUCCACCCAUGACCACCCCAGCAGCAGCCGCCUAGACUCGACCACUAGCCAAGUAGCCAGCAGCCGCCUACUAGACUCGUCCACUCUCUUUCUCUUUCUCUCUGAAGCUCCAGCACCACGCGUCGCGCCAUUCCGGACCCCUUCCAUCGUCCGCGCAAUGACGGCGCCGCCCUCUUCUCGCAACCCCGACUUCGCCCCGCUUCUCCUAACUCUCCUCUGCUGCAUUCCCGCCGCGCUCGUCACCUCGCAGCCGAUGGCCUCAACGGAGGCCAAGACGCUCUCCCGCGUGAGCCAACUGCUCGGCAACCCGCCCGCGCUCGCCGCGCUGGCCACGGCGCCGGACCCCUGCGCGCUGCGCGCCACGCCGGCUCUCACCGUCGCCUGCGCGGGCGGCCAGGUCACGGUGCUCUCCGUGCUCGGCGACCGCCAGCCCGACGCCAAGUGGCACACGGCCCUUCCGUCCAGCUUCUCCGCCGACGCGCUCUUCACCACGCUCACCGGGCUCCCGGCGCUCUCGCGGCUCUCGCUCGUCGCGCUCGGCGUCUGGGGCCCGCUCCCGGGCGCCAAGCUGCUCCGCCUCCAGGCGCUGCGGGCGCUCAACCUCAGCGCCAACUACCUCUACGGCGCCGUCCCGGACCACCUCUCGCGGAUGUACUCGCUGCAGAGCAUAGUCUUGUCCCGGAACCUGCUCAACGGCACCAUGCCGUCGCUCUCCGGGCUCGCCUUCCUCGAGGAGCUCGACGUGGGCCGGAACGGGCUUGACGGGCCGUUCCCGGAGGUGGGGAAGGCCGUGGCGAGGCUCGUCCUGGCCGACAACAACUUCACCGGCAAGAUCCCCGCGGGGGUGAGCUCGCUGGGCCGGCUCCAGUUCUUGGACGCGUCCCGGAACCAGCUGCAGGGGUGGAUCCCUUCCUCCAUCUUCGCGCUCCCCGCGCUACGCCGCAUCAACCUGGCGCACAACGAGCUCACCGGGCAGCUGCCGGCGCGCAUGGCGUGCGCGGAGCCGCUGGAGUUCGUCGACGUCUCGGCCAACCUGCUUGUCGGGGCGCGCCCGGCGUGCGUGAGGUCAUCCAACUCCUCGGGGAUCACGGUGCUUGACGCGGGCAAUUGCUUCGCCGACGCGAAGCUGCAGCGGCCGAGCACUUAUUGCAACCCGGGGGCGCUCGCCGCCUUGCUGCCGCCGCCGCAGGGGAACGGCGGUGACCAGGGUGGGCGGCGUAAGGGCCGUGGGGUGGGGAUGGUUUUUGGCAUUGUGGGCGCCAUUGUCGGUGGCGCAUUGCUUAUUGCGCUGGUCAUGGUGGUGGUGCUGAGGAGGGCAAGGAAGCAGCACCAGCACCUGGAGGUGAGUGUCUUGCCCAAGUCGCCGCUGGUGAAGCCGGUGAAGAAGGCCGAAGGAGGAAUAUUUCAGGCUAAGGUGAACCACAAGAUAUCUCCUGCUGAGAAGAGGCAUGCGUCACAAGCUGCAAGAAUGAAUACUCUGGAAGUACCAGCGUGUCAUUCAUAUACCAUGGAGGAACUCCAAGAAGUGACGAACAAUUUUGCAUCCUCCAACUUGAUCAAGAACAGUUCUUUUGUACAGCAUUACAACGGGCAGCUUCAAGAUGGUUCUAGAGUCUUAGUGAGAUGUCUCAGGCUAAAGCCGAAGUAUUCUCCUCAAAGCCUGUCCCAGUACAUGGAGAUAAUUUCUAAAUUUCGCCACCGCCAUUUGGUUAGCAUCAUUGGUCACUGUAUUCUCAAUGAUCAGGAAAAUCCUACUAUUGCUAGCUCAGUAUACCUCAUUUCUGAAUGCGUGACAAAUGGAUCUCUAAGAAGCCACCUUACUGAAUGGAGGAAGCGUGAAAUGCUGAAAUGGCCGCAGCGGGUUUCUGCUGCCAUUGGUAUUGCGAGAGGGAUCCAGUUCUUGCACAAUGUGACUGCCCCAGACAUUGUACAAAAUGAUCUCAACAUUGAAAAUAUUCUGCUAGACAAGACCCUCACUUCGAAAAUCAGUGACUUCAGUCUCCCGAUGAUAUCAAUCAGCAAAAAUGGCAAGAUAUUCUCAGAAAAUCCUUUCGCUGUCCAUGGAGAAAACGAUCAUGGCAGUGCUCAAAUUGCAGAACAAGGGGACAAGGAUGACACGUACCAGUUCGGACUAAUACUUCUAGAAUUGAUCACAGGCAAAUCGACAGAAUCCCAAACAGGACUGGACUCCCUGAAAGCUCAGCUAAGCGAAGCCCUGGCUGAAGAUCCAGACAUGCUGAAAGACAUGGCUGACCCGACUAUCCGUGGCACAUUCGCGGUGGACUCUCUAAGUACGGUGACCGAGAUAGCCCUCAACUGCAUCGCAAGUGAUCCCAACUACCGACCGUCCAUCGAUGAUGUCCUCUGGAACCUACAGUAUUCAAUGCAGGUGCAGGACGGGUGGGCGAGCAGCGAGAGCUUAAGCUUGAGCAUCAAAUCGCAGGCGUAACAGAUGGAUGCAAUGCUUUUUGUAUUGAUGCAUCUUGAUCAUGGCUGGCUUUUGCUGUAGAAGAGAGAAGUAAAUGUUGUUUCUUACACGUAUAUAAAGUGUCCUUUCAGUGUUGUUGAAAGCUCCAGGAAAGAACUAUUCCAUCGACGUAUGCUGAUAUUGGAACAGAAACAGCAGCUCUGCCAAAGGAAGAUGCUGUCUAAAGUUGUUUACCAAAAGUUUGUCCAAACUCCUAAAUAUCGUGGGAAAUGUA